CGCCCAUCCCACCUGAGCCUCCCCCCCAACUCACCUGAGCCCCCCAACUCACCAUGAAGACCAUCAUCGCUGCUGCGUACAGCUCUGCCGACCUGGGAGUCAGCAGCAACGGCGGCAGCGGCGGCGGCGUCGUCGUCGGCGCAAGCGGCAGCGUCGGCGGGCAUGACGUGGCCGCUUGCGUCAAGUGGAGCGGGCCCUCCGUCCGUGGCGUGGCGCACAGGCUGCGGCCGCACGUGGAGGCGCUGGCAGUCCUGCAAUGGGAGCUCACCUUUCUACUGGCGGGGGUGGUGUGCCCGCUGCUCAUGGUGGUGCUGCUGUGCUCCACCCUGUGGCCGAUCGCCACCCUCUAUCUCGCCUGGCUCGUGAUCGACUGGAGGACCCCGCACAGAGGAGGCCGGAGGACGAACUGGGUGCGGAACUGGGGUGUGUGGAACUACUUCCGAGAUUACUUCCCCAUAAAGCUGGUCAAGACGUGCGACCUGAGUCCGUCACGCAACUUCGUGAUUGGUUACCACCCCCACGGGGUUAUGUGCAUCGGGGCGUUCAUCAACUUCUGCACGGAGGCAACGGGUUUCGCGCAACUGUUCCCCGGGAUACACCCCUACGUGGCGACCCUCGCCGGCAACUUCCGGAUCCCACUCUACCGGGAGUAUCUCAUGGCGGGCUGCCUGUGCCCGGUGAGUCGUGGCGCGAUCGACCACCUGCUGUCUCGCGGCGGCCCCCCGGGCAAGGCGGUGGUGAUCGUGGUGGGGGGCGCCGCCGAGUCUCUGCAGAGCGGGGACCACGGGGACUGCCGCGUGGUGCUCAAGGGGCGCAAGGGCUUCGUGCGGAUCGCUCUGCAGCAGGGGGCUGACCUGGUCCCCGUGUACUCGUUCGGCGAGGGUGCCACCUUCAAGCAGCUGGUGUUCGCCGAGGGCACUUGGAAGCGCCGUGUCCAGGUGGCCUUCCAGAAGGCCAUGGGGUUCGCGCCCUGCAUCUUCCACGGCAGGGCGCUCCUCAGCCCCGACUCGUGGGGCGUCCUGCCCCUCCCCACGCCCAUCCUCACCGUGGUGGGGGAGCCCAUCACGGUCCCCCACAUCCCGGAGCCCACGGCCGAGGACGUGGACCGCUACCACGCGCUCUACGUGAGCGGCCUGCAGCGCGUGUUCAACUCGCACAAGGCGGCGUACGGCCUCGCCGAGAGCGACACUCUCAUCAUUCAGUGACACGCAGUGACACGCAGUGACACACACACACACAGUGACACACACGCAGUGACACACACAGUGACACACACAGUGACACACACACAGCGACACCCACACAGUGACACACACACAGUGUGACACACACAGUGACACACACACAGUGACACACACACAGUGACACACACAGUGACACACACGCAGUGACACACACAGUGACACACACACAGUGACACACAGUGACACACACAGUGACACACACACACAGUGACACACACACAGUGACACGCACACAGUGUGACACACACACAGUGACACACACACAGUGACACAGUGACACACACAGUGACACACACAGUGACACACACAGUGACACACACACAGUGAUACACACACAGUGACACCACACACUCAGUGACACCCUCAUCAUUCAGUGACACUCACAGUGACACACACAGUGACACACACAGUGACACACACACAGUGAUACACACACAGUGACACCACACACUCAGUGACACCCUCAUCAUUCAGUGACACUCACAGUGACACACACAGUGACACACACACACAGUGACACACACACACAGUGACACACACACAGUGACACACAGUGACACACACACAGUGACACACAGUGACACACACAGUGACACACACACACACAGUGACACACAGUGACUACACACAGUGACUACACACAGUGACACACACACAGUGACACACACACAGUGACACACAGUGACACACACACAGUGACACACACACAGUAACACACACAUAGUAACACACACAGUAACACACACACUGACACACACACUGACACACACAGUAACAGACACAGUGACACACACAGUAACAGACACAGUGACACAGUGACACACACACACAGUGACACACACACAGUGACACACACACACACAGUGACACACAGUGACACACACAGUGACGUCCUUCAAGUGGUGAAGGUCGGGUGUGGCAAGGGGCCGUCUUAUAAAUGACGUCACGCACCUAGGGGGGGGGGGGGGUGACGAUGGGGGGGGGAGGUGUUUGAGAAAUGUGACGUCAUAUCAAAAUGCGCAACUUUAAAUAAAUAUCGAAUUUCGAUUUAAAGCUUUCGUGACUGCAGGGAUUCAUCUUCUUGGUUCUUUCGGUAAUAAUAAAAAUAAAACAUAAUAAAAUAAUUCUCACUGAAAUAAAAGAUAAUAAAAUAAUUCUCACUGAGAAUUAUUUUAUUAUGUUUUAUUUCAGUGAGAAUUAUUUUAUAAUGUUUUAUUUUUAUUAUUUUAUUAUUUCCCUUCUACGUGACUUUACCAAAAGAACCAAGCAGAGAAAUAUCGAAUUGUUAUAUCAACACUAAUUUUUAUUAAUUUUCAUUAUUAACUAUUUGAUUUAUUUUAAUUUACUAAGGUCACCUUUUAUUUCUUCCAUGAAGGAGAAUUUAUGCUUCUCCAAGGGAGAAUGGAGAAGCAUACAUUUUGAUCAUUUUUUUAAAUGAUUGUUAUUAAACAUUUUGAUUUUAAUGAUUCUACCAGGUCUUUUCAUUCUGUGGAAUGAACUUGUGAUUGUUAUAAUUGUACUCUACUUUUUGCCACGUUCUACUACAAAGUUCCACGUAUUUUUUUAAUAGUUAUAAUUACUUUUAAUAUUUUAUAAUUAUAAGAUAAUUUCAAUAUCAUAUUUUGAACAUCUGCAGUUUUAGUUGAAUAUUUAAAAAUGAAUUUUAUGCCGAAUUUCAGCUUUCCAACGCCUCAUUUUUAAUAAAUGUUUUCUCCUACAA